CUGAGAGGAGAGUCGGUGCAGUUUCCUUCCGCCAAUCCCCGGGGGCCACAGCUAGCUGGCUCGCCCGGCCCCCGUCAGUCACCGACCGAGCAGCCAGCCAAUCAGGAGCGCGGCAUCAUCCCGCCUUGGCUCUCGUUCGCUGAGGCGGGCAUCUUUCGGUGUUUUGAGCUGCCGCGCCACCGAUCUCGGGCAGCGAGAGGUGGUUGAACGGAGGUGGCGGGUAACCACUGUUUGAUCGAAAUUGCCUCCCUCACAGUCGCUUCGGAUGAUAACAGAUUUCAGAAGACUGAACCACAGGCCAGAGUCCUCAAUAAAUGAGAGAUUUUUCACAAUCAAAAUUAUCAGCAAAAUAAGUCAAGAUGUCUGUCGAUCCAAUGACCUAUGAGGCCCAGUUCUUUGGCUUCACACCACAAACUUGCAUGCUCAGGAUCUACAUUGCAUUUCAAGACUACCUAUUUGAAGUGAUGCAGGCUGUUGAACAGGUUAUUCUGAAGAAGCUGGAGGGCAUCCCAAACUGUGAGAUUAGCCCAGUCCAGGUUCGUAAGUGCACAGAGAAGUUUCUUUGCUUCAUGAAAGGACGUUUUGAUAAGCUUUUUGUCAAAAUGGAGCAGCUGUUUUUACAGUGGAUUUUGCGUAUUCCCCCAAACAUCUUGCUUCCAGAAGAUAAAUCUCAGGAGAUGCAUUCUUAUAGUGAGGAAGAAUUCCAGCUUCUCCAGAAAGAAAUUGAACAGUUACAGGAGAAGUACAAGACUGAAUUAUGCACUAAGCAGGCCCUUCUUGCAGAGUUAGAAGAGCAAAAAACUGUUCAGGCCAAACUUAAACAGACAUUGGCUUUGUUUGAUGAGCUUGAAAAUGUUGGCAGAAAUCAUGGGACUAGUGAUUUCAGGGACAGCUUCGUGUUCCUGGCCCAGAACUCCAGAAAACUCCAGGAUAUUAGAGACAAUGUGGAAAAGGAAAGCAAAAGACUGAAAAUAUCUUAAUUUCUAAAUAGUAAAAGGAGCCAGUCAAAAGUUGGUCUGUAUAUUUUGUUGGAUUUUCUUUGAACUCUUUCUUGCAUUCUGCAUUUUCCUUUUGUUUGGUCCACUCCCCUGAAGUAUCUGUGUACUACUCGAAACUGAUCUUUGAAACAUUUAUUCCUUAUAGGCCUCUAAUAGGUGGGAAGGGAUUCUUAAUCUAUUAAAGACUCAUUUGGGGCUUGAUAAAGAAAUAAAGCUUUCCAUGGCCAGUCAAAAGAUAUUUGUAAAAGGUGUACUUUGGUCAUGAGUCCUUUGUAACCUUGAUCCUUUUUACUUAUUCUUUAGAUGAGACCAAAUGACAAAAAGGUUGAGUGGGUGGCUUCUUUUUUUUUUUUUUAAAUAUAUUUUCAUUGAUUUCAGAGAGGAAGGGGGAGAGAGA